CGGAUGAGGGACCCUGUGUGAUCGCAUAAUUUGCAACUAGUAUUGAAAAUGAAAACGACGCUUCUGUGAAUUGUGGUUUAUAAAACAAAACAAACAAAUGAAUAGAAGGAGUUGGUAUUUGGUAUCAGUGUUGCCUGAGCAAAAUAAACCUGCUAAAAUGAAAAUAAAAGUGGCCAGGGAAAAGAACGCACUUUUUUAAUAUAUGAAGAAGCCCUGCAUAUAAUGUGUGACGUUUCUACCUUUCUGGAGCUACCCAUGGUAACAGUGCGGCCACGCUCACCUCUGCCAGCUGUCGCACAGCCGACGCUGUUCGGAAAGGUCUUUUUGUAAAUUGUACAAAACAAAUUGUCCAGAUUUGCGAAAGACAAGGCAUGUUUCCUAAGUUUUUCAGCUGGCAUUUCCAUCAGGAUAGCGACUCAUGGGAUGUAGUAUUUGGAGAAAUAGGAUCAACCUUGGACUGUUGAAGGCACAAUCCAAAGUGCCGAUGUUUUUUACCAUGAUCAUUAUUUUCACUUAUUUAUUUUACUGUCUGGCGGGUUACUGCGAGACUCUACCACGGCCAGUGUAUGAUCAGCGUCACGCUACCAGCCCAAGUAAAUAUCACAGUGGACAGAAUGCCUUUCAGGUGCAAAACAGCAUUUUGGACGGAGCAGGUAUCGCUAAAGACAUGCCAAAUUCACCAACUAAGACUAACAGAACUUUGCAAAGUUCUGGGGUGAGAGCGCUGCCUGGUUCCGACAAACUGCAUUCCAUCCUGCGACAGAUCGGAGACGUGCAGAGGCAGAUUUCUGAUGGGGACAGGGAGCAGUUGCAAGAUGCCAGCAGCAGCAGCAUAUCUGUUUUCAAUAGCUUUGGGGGUAAAAAGUUCCCGCAGGCGAUCAUCAUCGGGGUAAAGAAAGGGGGUACCCGCGCGCUGCUGGAGUUUCUCCGGAUUCAUCCCGACGUCAGAGCUGUGGGCGCCGAGCCUCAUUUCUUCGACAGGUUUUAUGACAAGGGACUGGAGUGGUACAGAAACCUGAUGCCGAGGACACUGGAUGGCCAGAUCACCAUGGAGAAGACUCCUAGCUACUUUGUGACCAAGGAGGCACCCAAGCGCAUCUUCAACAUGUCUCGGGAAACCAAGCUGAUCGUGGUGGUGCGCAACCCAGUGACAAGGGCCAUCUCGGACUACACCCAGACCCUGUCCAAGAGCCCAGCCCUGCCCAGUUUCCGGACACUGGCCUUCAAGAAUGCCAGCACAGGGCUGAUCGACACUUCCUGGAGCGCUGUGCAUAUCGGCAUCUACGCCAAGCACCUGGAGAACUGGCUGCAGUAUUUUCCCCUGUCCCGUUUUCUUUUUGUCAGUGGGGAGAGGCUGGUCUCGCACCCUGCCGAUGAGAUGGGCCGCGUCCAGGACUUCCUUGGCCUCAAGCGGGUCAUCACCGACAAACACUUCUACUUCAAUGAGACCAAAGGCUUCCCCUGCCUCAAGAAGCCCGAGGGCAGCAGUCGGCCACGCUGCCUCGGCAAGUCGAAAGGGAGACCUCACCCACAGAUCGACCCGGAGGUAGUGCAGAGACUGCAGGAGUUCUACAGGCCCUUCAAUCUCAAGUUUUACCAAAUGACCGGACACGACUUUGGGUGGGAUUGACUUCCUUUUCCAAUGGCACUUUGAUGGACCUUCUUUAUUAUUUUAAGAAUACAUAAAGAAUCAAUCAUUCAUCCAAUCAAUGGCUAGCACCUACUGUUGUACAAUGAAGCUUUCCAUGUUUUGUGUAAACUAUAUAUCUGUAUGCAAUGUGAAGUUAUAUGUUUCCAGUGGCAUCAACAGAAGCUAUGGUCUAGGAUUUUUUCUAGUACUCAUACAUGAGAAGAUAAUAAAGCAAUUCAUUGGAGGUGGCAGGUAGAAGAGAUCACCUUAUUUAUGAGCAGAAUGUUAAUUGUGUUUAGAUACAUUAUAAGGGGUGUGAAGGGGGUAAAUAGAGGGACUGAUUUACACACAGUGCAAUAAGAAUACAGUCAGACUGUAUCCCUACAUCUCAAAUAGUCAUAAUCAAUCAAUCAUGCACAUAACAUUUGAAAUAAGAUCUGCUACAUUCACAAUUUAAUGUUCUUUGUUUUAUUGAUCUAUGGUUCCUGAUCAUCAAUGCUGUUUGACACAGUAUUAUAAUUAUAAUUAUUGUCAUUAUUGUUGUUAUUAUUAUUAUGAUUAUUAUUGUUAUAGUUGUUAUUAUUUUGUACUAUUUUAUAAAAAGAAAGGGAUAUCAUAUUCCAGCUCUUCACAAAUGCAGGUUUUGGGGAACCACAGAAGCAUUGGGUAGAAAUUAUGACAUUCUAUUGUAUUUUUUUUUUUUUUUUUUAUUGCUGUGCUCCUUCAGUAUCUCAAAUGUGAGCAGCAGCCACUUCAGAUCAAUUUUUGGGAUCCACUCAAUUAAAGAGAAGAGGUUUUGUAGAUAGCCUUUUGAACUUUGUACUGUGUAUUAUACAACUACCAAGGUGAAUUUUUAGAUAUUUUCGGUAUUUAUUUAUUCAUUUUAUUUUAAUUGUAAUAUUUAUGUUCAGUUCAUCCCUUAAUACAACCCUGGACUCAUUAAACUACCCCACUCCACAGUGCUCCACUCUUAUCCUCCUCGGGCCAUGCAUCCAUUUGUGUCAGGGUUUUCAUUUCUAAUUCAUACAGUACAUAGUAGCGUUAGUGCAGUUUAUAUAGGUUUGUAUGGGUCCUAUUCCCAAAUAACAUUCAUGAAAAUGUUUACCAGGCAUGGGCAACUCCGGUCCAGAGAGCCAUUCUAUACCAAGAUUACCAGCUCUAAUGAAGUAGUUAACUUGUAUAGGACUUGCAUGGAAGUUUAGUUAAAAACAUGGUCAGGAAGAGGCAGGGUUGCCCGUCCCAAAUGUUUUUAACAUUUGCCUGUUGCUGGCUUCUUUGGCAAUGUCUGUCUCAUGUAUAGCAACAUUAUAUUAUUCAUAAAAUCAAACACAUAUGUUAAACAAUGAGCUUUGUGAAUAUGGCAUAUACAUUUGAUUGAAUUAUGUAGAGUAGAAUUAAUUUGUGUAUUUUACAAUUUAGUUUCACAUGUAAGUAGUCCUCCCAAAUGUAUCCACCCAGUAUGCAGCAUCUAAGUGAUAUCAAAUUAAUAUUACAUUUAGAAUAUUUUAGUUUUAGAAACUCUGCACUCACAUGGGAGAUAAUGCUGAGCUCCCAAGACAUGUGAAAACAAGCAAACAAACCAGGAAACACUGCAUCACUGUGAACAUUAUAAAGUAUUGCAAUGGCAGAUCCUUAAGCUUUGAUUCAAUUCAGGCCAGCGUUUGCAUUCCCCAUAAACCUGUCAAUAACUAUAAAUGUAAAUGGCUGGAUAAUAAUUUAUAUUGUACAUUUUAAGUAACUGAGGACUUAAGGUACAUAACUUCUACAUGGUCUUUGUUUAUGUAAAAUUGCAUUUUUAAUAUUGGUUUCAACAGCAUUUAUUUAAUCUUAUUUACUGCCA